AAAAUAUUUCCUAACAAUUAAAAGAAUAGAACGAAUGUGAAAAUAUAUUUUAAAUUUUUUUUUUCAAUAAAAAAAUACAUACUAAGAGAAACUUAGGACAAAAUCAAAAUGCCUUAUAUUAAGGACCGAGGGAGUACUAUUCGUAUUCCAUGUGACUGGAAACUUAUUUUCAUGUCAAGUAGUUCUAGAUUUCUAGGAGUAAAUAAAAAAAUCCAUCCAUUUUCAUAUCCAAAGUACAUGGUUUCUACAUUAAUGUUACAGAUAAUUGAUCUAUUAUAGUAAAGUCACUGAACUCAAAUGGUCCAAAUUCUUGAACAGUAUAAUUAUAAUCAAACUCAAAGCUUUUACUAUAAGUUUAUUAUCUCUCAUUCACUAUCCACAUCAUUAAACAUUUUCUUUUUCCUUUUCUCCCUAGAAAAUCAUUGGAGAGAGCCGAGAGGUUAGUACAAAUACAUUACUAUUAAUUAGUAGUAGUAAUUAAUUAAAAAACCCCUCUAAUUUUGGUAGUUGUCUUGCCUCACCACUAUUGAUGUUCCCAGAACUAGAAGAAAGUGUUUGUCACUUUGUCUGUCUCUCUUUCUCUUACACCCACUAGAUGUGUGGUGUGUGAAGAGCGAGAGUGAGAUAGUGGGGCCCGUCUUUCUUUUUUGAAACUUUUUGGCCUUUGUGUUACUCCUCCUUCCCCUUUUUCACAAGCAUCCUCUGAUUAUAGUAGUAGUGGUGGUGUGUAAUUAUAAAAGCUAGGGUUUUCUUUCUCACUAGAAAAAAAAGGAGGAAAAAAAUCAAGUCAAGGGAAUUAGUAAAGCCUCAAGAAUCAAACAUUUUUGGCUUAGGGUUCUUUUUGUUCUUCAUCUAAUUCCUUAAUUCCCUUUUUCUUAUUCCUCUCUCUUGGCUCCAGAAUAAUUUUUUUUUUUUUAGAAAAAAGGAUUUUUUGGCCCAAUUUGCUCAAUAUUUUCUGGGUUUAAUCAUUGAUGAUUGAUUCUUGAACUUGAGCUGCUCCCAUUUGAGUUUUCAUUUUUUCUUUUGUGGGUUCUUAAUGGGCUAAAAAUGGUAGAAACCGGGUGUGGGUAGUAUUUAUGGAGGGUUUGCUUUUUGGGAAACGUACAGAUGAAGCAAUUUUGGUGUGUUUUACUCUGUACAUUAUCUGGUCUUGUUGAACACUUGACUGAAGUUAGUUAAUUAAAGAUGGUAUCUUUAUCUUGUGGGAUCCUUUUCCCAGAAAUUCUGUGAAUUUCUGAACUGGGUUUCAUUUAUGUAGUUUGCUGGGAUCACAGGUCUACUUUAUAGAUUGUCACAUUCCUCCAGAAAAUGAACGAGCUCCCAUUUUCAAGAUGUAAUGUUUAAUUGAUCUUUAUUGACUAGUUGGUCCAUAGUCGAAACUUAAUUGGAUAUUUGUUCUGGCUAGCAUGGAGGAUAUCGGAUUGUUUAAACAAGGUUGGCAAUGGGUGCAAUCGAAGAAGAAUUGUUACUUUGUUGUGAGAAUAGGGGCAAGCUGUUUCAGGGAGAAAAUUGGGUUAUUGGUGGAGAGGCAUUGGCCUGUAGUUUGCUGUGGAUGCACAAAGCUGGGGAGGUUGUUGUUACUUUCAUUGGUUCGAUGGAAACAGUGUGUAGUCAGGGGAUGCCGGUCUUUAAUCGGUCUUGGCUCGGCAGCUUUGCUUGUUAUCAUGUGGAGUUGUUUUCUUAGUUUGACUUCAAUGUCAUGUCUUGUAUAUGUGCUUCUUAGUAUGGUUGCUGCUGGGGCUGCUGUUCAGUAUUUAGGUUAUACUCCAGGACUUUUCAUUGUAGGGAUUUUCGCCAUCUUGAUUUUGUGGAUGUAUGCUAACUUUUGGAUAACCGGUACUCUGUUCAUUGUCGGAGGUAUGUUAUUUUGAAUUCUCAAAUGAAUUUUGCCUAAGAAGGCAUAGAAAUAUAGAGACCCCCGGGUCGUAAAAUGCUUAGCGUUGUUUGUGUUCAGCUUCAUCUGGUCUAUUUAUAUUUUCUACCUCUUUUUGUGCCGACAUUUGAGGAAAGAUCUUGUCACGCCUAUUAACUGACCUUGAAACUUGUGAAAGAAAUUAUCUUCAUUCCCCCUUUUGCAUAGCUGGUAAACCAUUGCAAAGCUUUUGAUGUCGUAUGUUCUCUUCUUGAAUUCCAUAUACAUACCAGCAUUGUGGGGUUGGACUAAUUUCAAUGAAGUUGCACUUCUGACUGAUGUGAGGUUAGAUGGCUCUUAAGCAAUAUUAGAUCAAUGCUUUGGAGAGUUUAGUGUUCUUGGUUCUUGUUGACAUGCUGGUACUUGCAGUCUUGUGGCAUCUAAAUUAAAAUCCUGGAAUGCUUGAUGAAGUUCAUUCUUCUAUUCUCCCCAGAUCAAUGUACCUUUUAGUUGUACGCGCAUUCUGUGUGGUUUGUUUGCUUUGUAGUACAGUUGUGAUUUUGUCAUUAUCAAGAAGUAAAUCAUGUAAUCUCCAUGGUCUAGUUACUCCGCUCAUGUUUUAGUUUUUCCUCUCUUUUUCCAUGACCAAUCUUAGUGGUUCCUUUUGUGUUUUUUUUUUUUUUUGGUGGUUGGUGAGUGCAGGCUAUCUUUUUUCAUUAAAUCAUGCUCGACUGGUAGUGUUGUUGGCUACGGCAUACGCCAUGUAUUCCGUCAAAGUUAGGGUUGGCUGGCAUGGAGUUUUUCUUGCAAUCAACCUCGCUUUCUUAUCGAAUGAUGUAUUGAACUACAUUCUUCAGUGGUGUGAUAAUUUGAGUGAAAGUGCGCCUAUUGAGGAGCCAACUGAGACCGAGUCAUUUACAGAAGAUGACUUUUCCACUGAUUGCGAGUUCUCUGUACCUGCUGAUGAACCACCUGAGAAGUUCCAUAAGCAACCCUGUAAAUCAUCCAGCAAACCUGCUGCUUUGACAUCUGUGGUGAACAAAGAAAAAGAACCUUUUCCUGUGAAGCCAGUUGUGAGACAAGAUGAAAGUUCCAUUAUUGAGAUGAAGCGAAUAAUGAGUUGUACCAAUCACUAUGAAGCCCUUGGGUUUCCACGCUUUAAGAAGGUUGAUGCUAUUUUGUUGAAGAAGGAAUAUCGCAAAAAGGCCAUGCUUGUUCAUCCCGACAAGAACAAGGGAAGUACACUUGCAAGUGAAUCGUUUAAGAAACUUCAAUGUGCUUACGAGGUUCUUUCUGAUGCUGUAAAGAGAAGGGAUUACGAUGAACAACUCAGGAAAGAAGAUUCUAAGAGUGUCCUACUGAGAUCGCCUAGUACUGCUCGUCAGGAUAGCUCUGAUUAUUGCUUGGACGAGUCGAGACGUAUACAAUGCACAAAAUGUGGAAAUUCACACAUUUGGGUCUGCACCAAUAGGACCAAGGCCAAGGCUAGAUGGUGUCAGGAUUGUUGUCAAUAUCAUCAAGCCAAAGAUGGAGAUGGUUGGGUUGAAUACAAAGGAUCUUUGGUUUUUGAUCUUCCUCAGAAGGUGGAAAUACCUCGUGCUUUUGUUUGCGCCGAGAGCAAGAUCUUUGAUGUGUCAGAGUGGGCAAUAUGUCAGGGAAUGGCUUGUAGGCCCAACACGCAUCGACCAAGCUUCCAUGUAAACAUGGUUGGAUUGGACAAGUCUUCUUCCCAGAGAUCCAAUUCUAGCAGAUACCCGUGGGAUCUGGAUGCCGAAAUGAUGGAUGAAGAUGAAGAAUUCGAACUGUGGCUCCAACAAGCCUUGGCUUCUGGACUCUUUUGUGAAACUUCGAAGCGUAGAAAGAGCUGGAGUCCAUUUAAGCUUCAUCAGAAAAAGAAACACUGGCGAAGAUCAUCAUGACUGAAAUGCGAAGGAUUGUCGCAAACUAAUUAUUUUACGCAAGAAUGCAACAAUCUUCUGUAGAAGGCAUUUUGCGGAAAUCUAACUGCUUGAGGAUUGCACAUUUCAAAAGGCUACACGGGCUGUUGGAUGAUCUGGAAAGAACUGGAAACAAAGCUGUAUCGCUGAUCCUUCUAUGUAGAUAUAGUUGAGAAGUCGUUGCUGUAUUUUCUUCUGUCGAAGAAAUUAACAUAUCUGAUCUUUGGUAGUAGAUCCAUUUUGGCACAAAAUGAUGAGCAAAUGCUCUCUGUAUACACGUGAGUUUUCAGUCUUAGCUUUGUACACUUGAUGUAAUAAAAGCAUCGAAGUAGGGUGAAAAAUGACCGAAAAGCUUGAUAGGAAGCUUUUAUUGUAGUAAUUGGCAGACAGUUGAUUCUAUGUUCUAAAAAUGUCUUGCUUGUUUGCCAUUUGAAGUUCACCAGGAUGGACUACAGCUUUUCUCAAGCUGCAGGGAAGGAGUAUUUUCAACUAUUGAGAUGCAUGAAAACCACUCAUGAAAGUGCAGUAUUGUCAUUUGUUCUCUAAGUAAACACAUGAACCCCUUUUCCAGCAUACUCAAUCAAGAAGUGCAAUUUUAUUUUUUUCUUUUUGAAAAGGGAAAAAAAUGUAUGCACAAAUUCUUAGGCUGGCAAUGCCAUAAGCUGUUCUUCAUCUUAUCCUAGCAACCUUUUUCUAAUACAAGAUAUUACAGAUUCAGCAAAACUAGGUCUGUUAGAAGUAACCAAUCAGCAAGGGUGGAAAUUGUCAACAAAGUAAAUGAUUGCCUGAAACUCUGAAAGCACUAUUAAUCAGCUUCUUAAAACUGUAGGUUGCCUCCAUAUUAGAACCCCCUGUUAACAGCCUCAUCUUGCUUUGAAUCCUUUCACGAAUCUGGGUAUGCCAGCCAAAUCUGAUUCAAUUUUAAUAUCAACUAAUCUUCCCCCUAAUUCACUCUCCAUAUAACCAGCCAGAAACUGGCUCUGUUGCUCCCCAUUUGUCUGCUAAUGGAGAACGUGAAAUGAUUGUCAAAUGUACCAAAACUGUCUUAUAUCUAUAGGUAAAAAAACACAGAAAAGGAGAAAUGUUUACCUCAAAAGCAAAGAAUCCACCAGGCCUCAACAUAGAAGCAGCACCAUUGCAUAAAUGAAGAAGGUCUUUCAUGCCAUUUGCACCACCAUCUAAAGCAAGUAUCGGUUCAUGUUUGGACACUUCAGCUUGCAAUCCUGCGAUAUUAUCACUUGGGAUAUAUGGUGGAUUACUGACAAUCCCUCCAAGCUCAACUUCACUCUCCUCCAAAGGUUCGAACCAAGAUCCUUGCUUUACUUUAACUUUGUCCUGAGGUACCAGUAAAAGUUACUUAUUAGAAUGAACAAAACAGUAUAAGCGAUUGUUUUUCUAUGACUUAAACUUGCGAAGUACGUAACCUCAGUUUCAUAACCCUUAUCAUUUUUAAUCAAAGGCUAAACCUUGAACAAUACAGAUGCUGCUUCAUAUUCAUUCAUAUGACAAAGGAAUGACCUCUUUAAAUUGCGAUUAAUGCAUACACCGAUAUGAAAAUCAAAACGUCAAAUAUUGUUAGUUUCGCCUCAUAAACACAUUGAGACUGCAACAGGAAAAUUUCCAAACUUCAACCUGUGAACACAAGACAUUAUCUGCUAACCACCCUACAAAACAGGUAUGGACUACCCCACCUGCAAACAAUAUCUCUUUACAUUAUACUCAGUAACUGCAACAGCAACAGGGCUCAAGUCAGUAGCAAUAACUCUUCCAUUGCAACCCAAAAUCCUCCCAAUCGCAAUAGCAAGUGCCCCGCUCCCGGUUCCUAAAUCAGCCCACAAACCUUCUUUCAAACCAUCCCCAUAAUUCUCAGCCAAAACAUCCUCAACAAAGUCCACAAUCAACUCAGUCUCAGGCCUUGGAAUCAAUACACCUUCUUCAACACUCAAAACCAAGUCCCUCCAGUGCUCACACCCAACCAAAUACUGAAAUGGCCUUCUAUCCUCAAUCCUCUCCUUCCACAACCUGUAGAAACGCGAAGUCCGUUUGAACAAAGUAAAAAAUUGAAGUAGCACAUUAAACUGCUGGACAAAAUGUUAACAAAUUUAGAACAGAGAUAAGUAACCUUAGUAAGAAACUUGCUUUUGUUUGUUUCUUUCCUUUUAAUACCUUAGACAUCCAAAGAAAUCAAAUUUAAGCGUUUCUCAAGUAAUUACACUUAAAUUGCAGUAGAUAGUAGCCAUGAAUUUGUAGCUCUCUACACAAAAAUGAAUGAAAUCCAAUUUGAAUUUCGAUUUGGAAUUUGCAACAUAACCUGUAAAGAUCAUCCAAACACGUCCUUAAUUUCACAACCUUCUUCGAUGAAGUAGAACCAGAAGAUGAAGCUGAAGCAGCACAUGAUAGAGUGGCGGGUUCCCCCUCACCAAGUGAAUCUUGAAUCAGCCAAUUGAGCUCUCUGUGCAAAAGGGUCGAAUCGGGGCCAUUAUCCAAGUCCAGGAACUUGGACCCGACUGAGGUAGCCAUUGUUUUGGCCCAAAGGUGCCAUUUUUCAAAGUCUUGAAGUGUGGCAGUGUAGUUUGCGGGCCUCAAAAACAGAGGGAUUUGAGGUUUCUGAAAGGGAACGGGUUUGGAAUGGAUGGAAAGAGAUUGAAGAAGAUGAAGACUCGGAGGCCGUAAAGCUGCUCGGAGGAUGAAGGUAACCAUUGUGGGCCCCUCCGACCUCUUCUGCAACUUCGCUGUUUUAAUUUAUAGUACAUUUGCACCCAGAAACUUAUAUUGAAUUGCAAACAUAUCCCUAAUGGUAAUUAUUUCUAUUCUCUUCGUAGAUGAGGUUAAUUAUUAAAAUACCUCUAGUAAUAUUUAUAGAAACUAAACAACCCCUACACUUUUGUAGUAGAAAUUAUGGACACUCCUUUCGAUAAGCUGAUUGGAACAGUUUUUUUUUUUUU